AUUUGUAUAACAAAUGAUAUUUGUCUAAAAGGUAAAACUGAAGUUAGCGUUUAAUUUUUUUUUUUUUUUUGACAGGAAUAAAAAAUAAAUAAUUUUUAUUAUUUUUUGUUACGAGAGGAAGAAAAAUAUUAUUUUUUUCCAAGCAAUGUACACGUGUAAUAAAUGUGUACGACAAAAUUUUGUUAAGUAAAAAUUUGUUGUCAAAAAAUUAUGUUAUUUUUUGCGGCACUUCGAAUAUCUGGACAAUUGAUAAAAAAUCCAUCAGUAAAAUAUUUUUCAACAACAUGUUAUUUUAAUCGUUUACAUCCAGCAACAAUAUUGAAUGAUGUGUUUGGUGGUAAAAUAAGGAAUUCCACAUCAAAAGCUUGUGAUAGGCAAAAUGAUACAAAGCAAGAUGUUCAAAAACUAAAUUUAGCACCUCAACCGUGUUUAAAAGAAGAACUCGUUUGCAAUGUCUCAGAACCUGUGCGAGAUGCACGAAAUAAAGUUACUAUCGUUGGAUCAGGAAUGGUGGGAAUUGCAUGUGCGAAUGCUCUUCUUUUCCAGAGAAUAACAAAUCAUUUGGCGAUCGUGGAUGCUUUUCCAAAAAAAUUAGAAGGCGAGGGUAUGGACUAUUGUCAGGGAUCAGUUUUUCUUGACAAUCCACGAAUUGAUUAUGAUACAGAUUUUUGUGUUACAAGCAAUUCCAAAGUGGUGAUUAUAACAGCUGGUGCACGUCAAAAAAAGAGUGAAAGUCGAUUAGAUUUGGUACAGAAAAAUGUGGAUAUUCUCAAAAAUAUUAUUCCACCUUUAGUUCAAUAUAGUCCGAAUGCCGUUUUUCUUGUGGUUACCAAUCCAGUUGACAUUUUGUCCUGGGUAACAUGGAAGGUGAGUGGAUUGCCAGUUAAUCAAAUAAUUGGAAGUGGAACGCACCUAGAUAGCGCCAGGUUUCGUUACAUGAUUGCCAAUAGAAUUGGAGUGGCUCCCACUUCUGUUCAUGGACAUAUCGUCGGUGAACAUGGAGAUAGUCAAGUUCCCUUAUGGUCAGGAGUGAAUAUCGCAGGUGUACAAUUUCGCGAUAUUUUGCCAAACAUUGGAUUAGAAACGGAUGAGGAAAAUUGGAAAGAUAUUUUUAGUGAUGUUGUAAAGUGUGGAUCGACAGUUAGAUGUUUAAAAGGGUAUUCAAAUACUGCCGUUGGUCUUGCAAUUGCUGAUAUAACUAGUGCCAUUCUUCGCAAUACUCUCGAAGUAAAGACAAUUUCCACUCUCAUGCAGGGCCACUAUGAAAUUUGUCACGAGAUAUUUCUCUCAAUUCCCUGUGUUCUUGGUGAAAAUGGAAUAACUCACGUUGUCCGUCAACGAAUGACGGAAUUAGAAAGAAAAUUAUAUCAAACAUCGGCAAAUGUUGUAAAUAAUAUACAAAAGAACAUAAAACUUUAAUUUUUAUUACGCCCAAUUAUUUUUUUUUUCUCUAUUAAAUUUCCGUUCUUUUAAAUCUGUACAUUUCGUUAUUUUAAUAAACCAAAAAACAUAUAUUGUA